UCUUCUUUUGAGUUGAAACUUGAAACUGAAACCCUAGAAAAACAAACAUCGCAUACUCACCGAGAUCUCAACCGUUUUCUCCGAUGGCCGGUCAAAGGAGUUCUCACGGGAAGCGUUCCCACUCUCAAUCGGAUUCCGACCACCACAACAACGGCGGCGGAAACAAAAACAAGAGGAGGAACCCCGGCGCUGACGACAACAACAGGGACCAAUUCCUCAUCAAUCAGGACGACACCGUUUACCGUUACCUCUGCCCUAUUCGCAAGAUCGGCAGCGUCAUCGGCCGCGGUGGCGAGAUUGUCAAACAGCUCAGAUCCGACACGAAAUCGAAGAUUCGUAUCGGCGAAUCGCUGCCGGGAUGCGAGGAGCGAGUGAUUACGAUCUACAGCACCGCUGACGAGGCCAACGAGUUCGAGGAUAGCGGCGAUUUCGUGUCGCCAGCGCAGGACGCGCUGUUUAGGGUUCAUCGUCGAGUUGUCGCUGAGGACACGCGCGGCGGCGAGGAUGAUGAGGAUGAUCAGGACGAGGAUGAGGGAGGGAAAGGGAACCAGGUUACCGCUAAGCUUCUGGUGCCGUCGGAUCAGAUCGGUUGCGUGAUAGGAAAAGGCGGCCAGAUUGUUCAGAGCAUCCGGAGCGAAACGGGCGCGCAGAUUCGGAUCCUUAAGGAUGAACGCUUACCUGCUUGCGCCUUGAGCUCUGAUGAACUUGUUCAGAUUUCUGGGGACGCUGCUGUUGUGAAGAAGGCUCUGUAUCAAAUAGCGUCUCGGCUUCAUGACAACCCGUCACGGUCUCAGCAUCUGCUUACUUCUGCGGUUCCCGGUGGAUAUGGGACUGGCGGUUCACUUGUGGGUCCUACUGCAGGGGCUCCAAUUGUGGGAAUGGCUCCUCUUGUGGGUGCUUAUGGAGGGUAUAAAGGUGAUGCUGGUGACUGGUCCCGGUCCUUGUAUUCGGUUACAAGGGAUGAAGCAUCUAUGAAGGAAUUUUCAGUUCGAAUUGUUUGUCCAACUGGAAACAUUGGAGGUGUGAUAGGUAAGGGUGGUGGUAUAAUUAAUCAAAUUAGGCAGGAUUCUGGGGCAACAAUUAAAGUUGAUAGUUCCGCAACUGAAGGAGACGACUGCUUAAUAACCAUUUCAACAAAGGAGUUCUUUGAGGAUUCUUUCUCUCCAACAAUAGAAGCAGCUGUGCGUUUGCAACCCCGUUGCAGUGAGAAAGUUGAAAGAGAUUCAGGGAUUGUGUCUUUCACUACACGAUUGCUGGUGCCAACAUCACGAAUUGGUUGCCUUAUUGGUAAGGGAGGAACAAUCGUAACUGAAAUGAGGAGGCUUACAAAAGCUAACAUCCGCAUCUUAUCGAAGGAAAAUCUUCCUAAAAUUGCAUCUGAAGAUGAUGAAAUGGUGCAGAUUUCGGGAGACCUGGAUGUUGCCAAGGAUGCUCUUGUUCAAGUACUCACACGAUUAAGAGCAAAUCUUUUUGAUAAGGAGCGUGCUGUCUCAUUCCUUCCAGUACUGCCAUAUCUUCCUGCUUCCGCUGAUGGAUCAGAUGGUUUGAACUAUGAUGGUAGAGAUGGUAAACGACAUGGACGCUCUUAUUCAGGUGCAUAUGGAAGCUCAAGUGAUUUGGCAUCUGGGGACAGUUAUGGAAGCUUUGGAAGUUCGCAGCUUGGUAGUGGCAAUGCUUACGGAGCUUAUGGAAGUUAUUCUUUGGGACGGACUAGUACUUUGGGGUUAUCUAGUCAGAAUGGGGUUUCUCGAAGGAGAAAUGCUUACUAAGACUUGACGUGCCGCUCCAGGUGUUAAUAUCUUCCUAUGCCAUAAGCAAGGGUGUGCUGCAUUGUGUAACUGAAAAUUCAUAUUUAUGUAGUUUUGAGUACAUCAAAUGUGAUGAAUUAAAGGUAUGAAAGCUGUUUUCAUAUGUGCAGUUGACUGCACUGUUGAAGCUCAUAGUGAAACACUUACUUGGCUAUGGCAAUGCAUUGGGGGACAUUUAUAAUCUUUGGUGAUUCAGAAGUAGAACAAUAUCCCGUUUCUUGUCUCUUCUGCUUUGCCAAUGUGGUACAUACCUGGUCUUUGUUUUCAAAUUUUGUACCUAGUGCAUGGUCUUAUGUUUGAGCUUAAUUAGUAUUUAAGUGCUUGGUGAAGUUAUUGCAUUUACCCCAUUUUUUCCAUUUAUUCAUGGUGUUAGGCCGUUGGAUUACUUGCAUUAGUCAUUGGUUUGAUUCUUAUGACACAAUGGGCCCUGCAUAAAGGUUUGCCUUUUUUUGUGGGGCUAAAGUACCCAAUUGGGAUGAAUUAAAAGCUAUUUACCACAUUGGUAUGAUUUUGAAAUUAUUUCCCACUUUGCCAUUGUUUUUGCCGUGCGGGCAAAAACAAAAAUAUUUUUGUCCUCUACAAGUAUUUACGCGAGUCCAAUUAGGGCAAUAUAUAGUCUAUAUGAUAGAUGCAAACAUACCAAUUUCGGAUAGCGGCGCGUACUCGCCUAACCCAAAAACGCUAUAGCUGAAUAGCGGGGAGCGGUAUAGCCUGUAUGCUUGAACAUGGAACCAAAAAGUGGCGGGCUUGCCGGAACAAGAAAUGGAGUAAUGAAAGGCCAACUAGACGAGAAGAGAGGUGGGCUCGCCAAAACAUACAUGGCAUUGUUGGAACAUGGAGCAAAGUAGUGAACAAAGGCCAAACAAAUGAGAAAGCUAAGGUGGCCUUGUCGGAAAAAUUGCUAAAUUAGUCUAAGAGCCCGUUUGUAUUGACUUAUCAAAAAAGUCCUUUUCAUGACUUCCUUAUUUUAAAAGUACUUUCUAUAAAUGCUACAACUAUUUAGAUUUUUAAAAAAUAUUUAAUUUAAAAAAAAAAUAUUUGGCUUUCGACUUUUGUUUUUUAUAGAAGCUAAAAUUUUUAGCUUCUGAAAAAAGCAGGUUUUUGACUUUUUUUAUGACUUCUGCUUUAAAGCAGGCAUGCAAACAGACUUUUUACGAGAAGUGAUUUUUUUCUUCUUAAAAAAAGCACCUCUUGAAGAAAAAAAAGCCCAUCCAAAUGGGCUCUAAAACAGAUGAGAAAAGAAGUGCAACAAUGAAAUUGUGGUGGGCUUGCCGAAAAAUUGCAUGUCAUUAUUGGGAUUGAUGGAAAAGCCUAGAGAGAGAGCAGUGAGUUGAGAGAGGCAAUGAGUCAAGAAAAUAGGGGUCAGAAUUUGAUGUUACCCCAUUGAAUUGCUCAUGGAAAACUAAAUACACCAAGGCAAAGAAGGGAUUUAUCCUUCACUCUAGCAGCAUGAUUUUGUCGCAUUUUAGGCCGAUACAGCUGCUACUCCAAGUUGUCAAGAAAAUAGGGCUCCCCCCACCAUGUAUCGCUACAAUGCCACGAUAGCGGUGAAUUGCAUGCGAUCAAUAAUCUAGUGUAGAUGUUCAACAAAAUAGCUAUAUAUAGGAUUUUGCAUCUAUGAAGUAGACCGUAUGGUAUGCAUUUGCUACUUGACCCAUGGUUGUUAAAUCAGGAUUUCAAUUGCAAAUCGGAAAGCCUAUUUUCCGAAUCGUGAAUUGUAUGAUUUGUGAUCAAUGAUUAGAAGUUAUCUAAAUAUAUUUAAUACAUAAUGAAACUAUCAAAAAUGGUGUACUAGUUUAGAAAUAGAAUAACUUUUUAUUUCCUUUUAUAUGCACAUUUAUUAAUGACCCAUCCAGGCUAAACUAUCAAUUUGGUGAUAGUUUUCAACACUUUACCCCACAAUGUGGUUGUGUUUGGUGCUCCAUAUUUCUUUUUCGUUUAAUCUAUGUGACAUUUGUGUUGUUUCAUGUGGACUAAUGUUGAGAUUCCAGUAACACAUUAAGAGUAUAUAUUCUUUCGUGAUUGUAUCUCAUUCAGCUCUUCUAUGGCAUAGUGGUUUGGUAUGAACCUGUUAUUAAUUAUGCUAAAAAUGGAAAUAUACUUCUAGAUAGAUUCAAACUGGUCUCCUCUAUAGUUAUUAUCAGGCAGUGAUCAUUUGAACUAGAGAACAUGGGACUAAAAGUCUAAAACCAUAGACUCUAGAUAAUCCAAUGAUAUCAUCCAAACUGGUUUUGAUGGUUUUAUAUUGUUUUGGCCUGUUUUUCAUUGGUUCUUGGUUCCUUCAGUUUUAUGGGCUGAAUGGACUCAAUACAAGACUGGUUCAUUGGUUUUCUUGUCGAACAGGCUGCUUUUGUCCUGUUUUUUAUUCUAUGCUUAUAACUACAAUUAUGUUCAAGUUAUUCGUUUUUAUUAAACCCACUUGUAUCUUUUGAAGCAGUUCAAUCAUUCCGUCAACAAAAUUUCAAUUACAUUAUUUUUUUAAUGGGUUAGUGUUUAGCAUUAAUUUUAAGGGAGAGAAGUUUGAAUCCCAUUCUUAGAUAGGAAUCAAAUCCAGUACCUGUAGCAUAUGGAUGUUCAGGCCUGUGAGUUGAGUUGGGCUUGGCUGGUCUGUUUGACAAGUUUCAGGCAAUUAAACAGUCUUCAUGUGACUGACAUGACAUUUGUGCUAAAAAAAUUAUUUUACCAUAUGGAUGUUUUUUUUUUUUUUGUUCACAAGCAUUUGUGCUAGCCUACAUAUUUGCCAUGUAAAUCAGCGCAAAUGGUUACAUAGCCCUUAAAAAAGAGGGAAACCACCUCCAUGUGGUAGUUUUUUGUUUAUUAACCUGGGUGCUUUACCCUGUGUGACUUAUGUUUAUGCAAAUAGAGUUACUUGUAUAAUAUUACCUUAAGUACUUGUCUGGAAAAUUUGGCCUUCGUUGAACUAGGAACAGGAAGCUUGGAGGACCCAAAUUUCUUUUGGAUGUGAGUCUUGCCCUCUUCUAGGUUUGGAUAAACAUGAAACAAAUGUUAACAUGCCAUUUUGAUGAUUCCUGGGAUUUUGGAAAUCAUUCAAGUAAUAUUUGGAGAUAUUGUGGGUAAUUGAAAUUCAGUGACUUGUGUGGUAUGUUCUCCCCUUUCCCUCCUCCCUAUUCUUGCUCUGUAACUUUAAUUGAAUGCAACUGUAUUUCUUCCUCCAGGGCACUUCAGGUAUGGAACAGGUAAGCUUGGCUUGUAGAGUAGGUAUAUUAGGUCUGAAAAAAUGUAGGCAUAAUAUCUUACCCCGUAAAGAAAAAGAUAGCAUAACUAAAGUUGCUUUAUGAUUUUGUUCUCUAUGUUCCCGUCCCCCUUCCUUUUCGGUUAACUCGUAUCAAAGGAAGUGAUAUUGUAGAAUUCCAACGGAUGAGUUGGAUCAGAUCUUUUCCACCGUCCAUCGCCUUUGACUAGGAGUCUCUGAUCGUGGUUCAAGGAUGGUUUAUCUAAAAACAGAGAGAGAUGAAGGAAAAUUUAGUGGAGGGACCUCUUUUAAGUUAAUCUGAUGUUUUGGUUGAAUCAUUGUUCAGUAUGACUUUUUUGCUUUCUAUUGGUGAUGUAGAUCUGUUGUGUUGUUCCAACUUACAUAAUUACACUCUUGUAGAUUUACACAACUGUCACUCUGCACGCUGAGAUAUUACAAGCUUAGUGUGUGCAGCAUCUUAAAAUAUACCAAAA